GCUCGGAGCUGUCAGACUCGAGAAGUGGCGCUUCCGUCUCGAAUCUGCGGAAACGAGCCAGUUCGAGAGUCGGUGGCUUGUGGUAAGGGGGGAGUCGGCCGCGCACUUCUAAUAAUCACAUUAUUAUUGAUCCGAAUUUAAAGAGAGCAUAAGGAGCAAGUUAAGGAGAAGUCAGCAACCAUUGGGGGAAGUCGUACUGGACAUGGGUGAUAAGGCAGGCACCAGAGUCUUCAAGAAAUCCAGUCCCAACUGUAAGCUCACUGUGUACCUUGGCAAAAGGGACUUUGUGGAUCAUCUAGAUCAUGUAGAUCCUGUUGAUGGAGUGGUCCUGGUAGAUCCAGAUUAUCUGAAAGACAGAAAAGUCUUUGUUACACUGACCUGUGCGUUCCGCUAUGGUCGUGAAGAUUUGGAUGUGCUGGGUUUGUCAUUCCGGAAAGACCUCUAUAUCUCAACUUUCCAAGCUUUCCCACCACUGCCUGAGGAAAAGAAACCACUGAGCCGCUUACAGGAGAGGCUGGUGAAGAAACUUGGAGAGCAUGCCUAUCCUUUCUUCUUCACGAUUCCACAAAACCUGCCCUGCUCAGUUACUUUGCAGCCUGGUCCAGAAGACACUGGCAAGGCCUGUGGAGUAGAUUUUGAAAUUCGAGCAUUUUGUGCCAAAGCUGUGGAUGAGAAGAUUCACAAAAGAAACUCUGUUCGGCUGGUUAUCAGAAAGGUCCAGUAUGCACCAGAAAAACCUGGUCCACAGCCAAUGGUGGAGACCACACGCAGCUUCUUGAUGUCAGACAGAUCGCUGCACCUUGAGGCCUCCCUUGACAAAGAGUUGUACUACCAUGGGGAGCCAAUCAGUGUAAAUGUCCACGUUACCAACAACUCCACAAAAACGGUCAAGAAGGUAAAAAUUUCUGUUCGACAGUAUGCAGAUAUCUGUCUGUUUAGCACUGCCCAGUAUAAGUGUCCUGUGGCCCAGACAGAGGCUGAUGACCAGGUGUCCCCCAGUUCCACGUUCUGCAAAGUGUACACCCUCACUCCCAUGCUCAGCAACAACAGAGAAAAGCGAGGCCUAGCUCUUGAUGGCAAACUGAAGCAUGAGGACACCAACCUCGCAUCCAGCACUAUUGUGAAGGAAGUGGCCAACAAGGAAGUUCUAGGAAUUCUGGUGUCAUAUAGGGUCAAAGUUAAACUGGUGGUGUCACGUGGAGGAGAUGUUUCUGUGGAGUUGCCAUUUGUCCUAAUGCAUCCAAAGCCUACCGAUCAGCCUGUUUCCCGACCCCAAUCAGCAGUACCAGAGUCUGACACGCUGGUUGACACCAAUCUGAUAGAAUUUGAACCAAACUUCUCCCAGGAUGAUGACAUUGUGUUUGAGGACUUUGCUCGGCUUCGACUCAAAGGAAUGAAAGAUGAUAAAGAUGAGGAUGACCACUUCUGCUGAGCCACCAGUCCUUUGCAGGCAGAUGAGUGGCCAGCAUGGGGCAUUUGCUUGGCCCACAGAUCAAGAGCACUGGACGAGGGAAGUGGCCUCAAGCUCCAUUUGUGUCAAGAGGAAAAUGGGCUGGUUUUGCUGCGGGGGAGGGUGGGGGGGUAAUGCGGGUCAACUCCACUCAUCAUGUUUUCUACAUUCGUGUGUCAGGUGUAACUUUUUAGAAUGUUUCUAGACUAACAAGACAGGGUUAUUGAAAACCAGUAUGUUUAACUACUGUCGCCAACAGCCAGAGGUCGGGGGAAAACAAAUCUGCAUCUUGUUCAACUUUGUCAGUGUGAAGAGAUCAUUGUGAGGUGAACAGACGCCGCUCUUUAUUUAAUCAGGUUGAGUACUAACCUUGCGUGUCCUGCUGUAUUUGCAACUCGGAUUCCCACAUGCAAAGCGGGUUCAGAUGCCAGCCGCCACCCAUCAGUCUGGUGACUCUUGGGGGGCUUACCAGAUUUUUAUCAACUAAAUUCCUUACUACUGCUACCUGGUAAUUUAAUUCAAACAAAACUGAGAUACUGUAAAAGCAAUAUGUUAUUUUAGCUGAAAAUCUGAGCAUUUUAUGUUGCUUCUUUAUUUUGUACUGCAUUUUAGAAAAUGUUUAAACAAAAA